CCCUCCCCCCUUCCCCAUGCGCUCACCGGCCUUCCUUUGUCUCUUUGUUUCAAUCCCUAACUUCUCACCCUUAGUUAGUGUCAAGUGUGUCCCGUAGUGAACAAGGGAACCUACCUCAUAACUACCAUGGUGCUUGGAGACGUCCCCUCACGCUUAGAGACACAGGAAUCGCUAUAGGAGGAGGAGGAGGAGGAGGAGAAAGGCAGAAGAGGAAGAGGAGGAGGAGGAGGAGGAAGAGGGAGAAGGAGGAGGAUUAUUUUCUCCUUCUUUCCCUUUCCCUUUCCCCUUUUUUUGUUUUAAUUAGGUGGAGGUGGAAAUAUGGUUUGUCAGAGGAUGAUAAUCAUGGGUUGGCCCGGGUCAUACUGGGUCAGCGUCUGUCACGUGAUCUUGCUGUCUACCGGCGUGACCCUUGCUCUGACCACGCAGGAAGGUGGAACGGUGCUCCACGAGGUGCUGGCGGGACGGCAGGUGUAUGUUUACCGUUCCUAUAAGGACGUCCAGAUCUUCCACUUUUCUGUGCCACCUCAUGUCUCCGUUGCGCACUUCAACUUCACAGCCAAUGACACCCUUGCUUGCGAUGCCCGUAACAUUACUGCCUUUCUGCAGGCCCAAAGCUACCCUGUGGUGAACCCCGAUGGUGCAGAGUUUCCAUCUGGCAUGUGGAUCAACCGGUCGCAUGUCUAUGAGGUGCACCUGCGCUCGGACCUUAAGCCAGCCCUACUCUCCGUCCCUUUCCCUGUUGCUGGGGAUUGGUUCAUGGUGGCCUUUAUCAAUGAUACAUCCAACCGCAUAACUCAGGCUGGCCUAUUUCCAUCGUGCCACUCGUGGUUGCAGAGCGAGGUGGAAUAUCGGCAGGAGGACCAGAUUACCACCGUUGUGCCUGAGAUCCACUCCCAUCAAGAGAUUCAGCUCUACCAGAAAGUGGAAGGCUCUGAAUAUUAUAGAUUUUAUGUGCCGUCGUCUACAUGGCUUGUGGUUGUGAAUAUCAGCAAAUGCGUUGUGUUGGAUGAGGGAGAAGGGUCUCCUUCUUGCCCCAUAGAUAUAGGCUUCCGAACAAGAGCCUUGCCUGACCCAAAUUCUACAGACACAGUGGUUCACAACUGUGCUGAUGAUGGUGAGGUGUGCACACUUGAGGUUGUCCCAGAGGAAGAGGCAUGGCACUAUAUUCAGCUCAGCACACAUCAAGCUGCUGUCCAGCUAAGCAUGGCUGUCAAAUUCUAUAUGUGUGAUGAACAAGGUGGAAGCAGUUACCACUUGCUGAGUCGAUUGUACCUGAACCAGCUGUGCAGUGAAGGGAGCAGCAUGCAAAACCUCCCCAUGAUGUCCAAUGACACAGCCAAUGAGGUAAACAGCACAAUUGAAUCAGAAGAGAAUGCUGACAAUAUGGAGUCACGUCGCAUUCUGUUCAUGCCGUCAGUGAAGAGAAAGAGGAAUCUGCAAGAUAGUUGUUGGCCGAGGCAUAAUUUAGUGAAAAAGACGUUUGGGGGGAACUUUGUCUUCGAAUUUGACCUUCCGCCAGACGAGAAUGGAUCAGUUCCCCUCUUACUGAAUAUCACCAAUGACUCCCCUACCCUUCUCACCUUCAACUUAGAGCCCAUCAUAGACAUCGGUGGAACACUUUCUGUGGAGCUGGCUGUUUCACCGUUCAUGAACAUAACUCUCCACAACUUCACUGUGGAUGCUUGUGUGAGCCAUGGCAAGCGCAAAGAGCCUAAUCUUGAUGUAGAUGCUGAGUUCAAGUGUCCUCGUGGUCACAGCCUCCAUGUCAACACCUCGAGCCUGUCUGCAGCUGCCACUUCAGUCCUGAUUCCGUUCCCUGAGCCCGGGCCAUGGUACCUAACCCUCCGUUCGGGUUGCUACCUCUCAAAUGCAAGUGAGGUGACAGAAUGUACUGUUAACGAGACUACAGUGCUCUUCAGCAUCACAUCAGCUUCAUGUCUGCAUGGGAAAUGUGGCAGAUAUGGGUCUUGCUAUCAGUAUAUUUCUGGGGGCUUCAUAUUUUCUACUUGUGUCUGUGAUGCAGGCUACCGUGGGUGGGCAUGCACAGACAAAUCACAAGCCAUGGCUAAUUGGCAACUGAUCCUGGCUACACUGCUGCUUACACUGUCGAAUCUGUUCUUCCUGCCGGCAAUCAUCCUGGCACUGAAGCGACGAUACUUUGCAGAAGCUGUGGUUUAUGCCUUCACCAUGGUCUUCUCAACGUUCUACCAUGCUUGUGACCAGCAGCCGUACAACUUCUGCCUGAUGCGCUUGAGUGUCAUGCAAUUCUGCGACUUCUAUUCUGCCAUCCUCUCCUUUUGGGUCACCCUCAUCGCUAUGGCUGACCUGCCCCACUCACUCUACUCGUUCCUCCACGUGGCUGGUGCUCUGGUGGUUGCCUUGGGAGUGGAGUAUGACCGAACUGGACUGUGGGUGUUUGUUGUCCCUUCGGCCUCAGCCUUCUUAAUUAUGGUCGCCUCAUGGGUAUGGCACUGCAAACACCUGCACAGUUGCUAUCCAACCAAGUGGUAUUGGCUGACGUGUCUUCUGCCAGGAGUGCUCCUCUCUGCUACUGGCCUCUUCUGCUACGCUUUCCUAGAGACCCAUGACAACUACUACUAUGUGCACUCAGUCUGGCACGCGACUAUGGCCCUUGCGAUCCUCUGCCUUUUGCCUCCGCGGAGAGAAAAAGAUGAGAGAGGCGAUGGUGAGGAGGUGGAGCCACUGCCUGUUUGCGAGGCCCAGCCCCACUUUAUAGAGGCGCAGGUGUACUCUCCUGUCCCCUAGGCCAACCACCCCAAAGUCUCGCUCGUCCCCAGAUUCCCCGCAUUGAUUUGACCCACGUGUGACCUUCUCACCCUGACCUUCCCCUCUGCCAGUGCCCCUUGCCACUUCUUCACCACAUCCUGCUCUACCUUGUCUGUCCCUAUAGCGGGUCUUGAUAUUUCGCCCUUGUCUCUUCUCCAUUUUCCUCCCCAUUCAUUCUCAAAUUCCCAGUUCUUGCUUUUCAUUUUAUCAAAUGGAUAAUAGUCCAUUGGAUAUUGGGUGUCGAAUUCAUGCCGUAUAUGGUAAUGAUUACAUCUAGUGCAUUCAUAAACUGUAUGGAGUUAUAUUGAUUUUUAAACAUAUUGAUACAUAAUUUUCUUGAACAGUAUAAUAUCUGCAUGCAUGUGUGCACACACAAGUGUAUGUGUGGUCACACAGACACUCACACACACACACAUGCACACACACACACACACACACACACACACACACACACACACACACACACACACACACACACACACACACACACACACACACACACACACACACACAUACACAUACGUACCCACAUACAUCCACCCACCCACCCAUCCACCAUAUUCAUACAUAUGAUAGGUUCUUUAAAAGUUGACAUGUAAAUAUUUAUCAGCUGUUUCCUUUAUUGUUCAUGUCACAAUCAAAUGUUACUUUAGUAUUAAAACAAAAUAUUUGUAAAAUAGUAACAGAAUGCGGUGGGCUCUCACAUGUGGAUUAUGCAUGUGAACAUUUUCUACUACCUCAUAUAAUUAAAAAGAUUUAAAAAAAAAAUCUCUUUCUCUGUGAAACUUCAGUUGGUCUCAGCGCUACCUAGGACUAAGUUCCUGUAAACUCAUGUCUUCAUUUCUUGCUUGCCUUAGUUUUGUAUUUGGCAGAGCUGACAAUUUAGAAUGAACAUGCCAGGUAUAACGGUCGCAAUUUCCGUGUUAAGAUAAUGAAUAAGACGUGAAGACUGUUCACAUGUCUAUAAAAGAAUUUAGUCUGUAAGCUACAGUAUUUUGUAGAUGGAAAAGUACAAAGUCCCAUAUUUUGUGCAUUUUUAUAUUUUGUUCUUUUGUAGAGUAAGUAUGAUAAACUCAGUAUUAGCUUGUCACUGAAAUUGACCUGAAAAGGUUAAGGAUGUCAGUAUUUAGAAGGUACUCAAUUAUUAUUUUGCUCUUUUUGUAAAUAUGCCACAUACCCAAAAAGGAACAGCUUAUUUAUAAACUAUUACUAAAUAAAUUAACAAACAACUAAAGUAUCAGGAGUGUUACCCCCCAAUGUGCUAAAGAUUUUUUUGUUUCCUGUGUGUUCAAAACAAACCUUGAUCUGGCUGGGUCGGUCACCACGGUUGGCAGGCCUCCUCACCAAUGGCUUUCGGUAUGUCUCCACCCUCUGACAGACAUUUUCAUCCUAAAUUCCAGGCUUCCUCUCUGUGACCCACCCAACCUCGGAGCCUAACCUACAGGCCUACAGGAUAACCACUUUGCAUGCUUCCUCACCCUAAUGUGGAGUGGUUUACCCUUUAUCCUCCAUGAGCUAAUAGAGGGCAGACGGUGCGGCCUGGCUCGCUCAUCCUUUCCUGUGACACCACUCGGCUUGCAUGGCUUGUUGGGGGAAUCCCUCCUUUCCUGCAGGUGGUAGAGGGGUCAGGUAGUCAGGCUUUCUGCCUUGUCUCCAAAAACAUGCAUCUCUUGGAGGUGGCUUGGCUUCUCUUGUGUGGUGGUGCUAACACUGCUGUUUGUUCUCCAGUUUCCCAGUCUUUUGUAUCUCAUACUUACCUUUUCUUUUUUUCUUACUCCUGUGCCCUGAUGACAUAACUUAGUUCAUCAGAAAUCUCUCUCUCUCUCUCUCUCUCUCUCUCUCUCUCUCUCUCUCUCUCUCUCUCUCUCUCUCUCUCUCUCUCUCUCUUCCUUGCAUUCCAAUUCUUCUGACUAACUUCUUUGUCCUCUGUCUCUUCUCUGUCCCCACUGUUGUCUCUCGCACCACUCUCCUCUCCUUCCCUCUCAAUUCUCUCCUCUUUCUUCUUGCUGCUCUCAGUCUGUAUAUUCCACCAGUUACUAACCUUUUCAUUAAAAACAAUAUUUUAUGUACUCCACCUAGACAAAAUAAAAGUUCCAAGUGAAGUGUUUUCAUUAUGGCAUAAGAAUUUUAUUCACAGGAAGAUCCAGCAUGUAGACGUAUAAGUGAAACUGUAAAAAUGUAUCUUGUUUAUUUUUAGAUUCAAAACAUUUUAGAAAUUUAGAAAUGGUCAUUUGCUAUUUACUGCUUGAUUUUCAGUAGAAGAUUGUGACCUUUUUUGUAUUUAUUGUACAUAGAGAAAAUGCUUAGAAUUAGGAAUAUUUUUUCUGCCAGUAUGUGCGCAAAGUACCGUCUUGGGUACAUCGAUUGCAGCAGCUGGACCUGUCUUAUAAUGAGGCCAACAAAGAAUUUAACAAGAUGCCAAAAUGAGAACAGACAACUAACUGUUUAGUACCCAAAGACUAAAAAGUACAAUGUGUGAUGUAAUUAGCUAUUUUGAGCUUUCAUGUAACAUAUAGGUAUUAAAAAACAAGGGACUCAGGGAGUCAGAAGGGUGAAAGUUAGUUGAAGAGUUGAUGCCCUAAGUUUGAUUGCAGUCCUCCCUCCCUCCUCCCUUCCCUACCCCCCAUUUUGUAAAGUACAGCACAACCAAUGCGUCUUGUCAUCACAAGCAACAUCAGAAUAGCAUAUGUCAUCACACAUAUCUGUUGUCCAUCUUUGGUCUCAAUAGUGUUCAAUGAACAUUCCAUCCACAGGCUUGCUUAACCCAGACUAGUUUAGUUGCUUGGAAAUGUUAGCAUAAGAAGGAAUGGAUGUAGGAUAACAGCAUUGUCUUUUUUUUUCUCUCUCUCUCUCUUUUUUCAGUUAGAUCAGUUGUUUGUAACUUGGCUGCAGAUCCAAGACCUAGGUAAUCUGUGAGCUACAGGAUUUACCAGCAAAGAUUUUUUCUUGCUAUUUACUAACGUCUGAAAUGCUUUAUAUCUUGCUAGUCUGAAAUGAUGAAUGGAUUGAUCGGGAGGCUUUUGGUGCAGCCGGUAUUUUGGAUUUUUGGAAACGUUGACACGUUGCCUACAAUUGGUGUUUUGAUGUCUGUAGUGGACUUUUAGAAGAUAUUGCCUAAUAGAUGUAGUUUUCUACUUAUAAUUUAUACAUUUUCCUUGUAAACAAAGAAGAAAGGAUAAAUAGGCCUGCAGUUUCGACUGUGAUUUUAUUAUGGUUAUCAUUUUCUAGAUAUAUACAGAGAUUUAUAUUGUUGUUUGUAGACACAGCCAAAGCUGAAAGAGUGUAUGUCUCACAAAUUACAGUAUACUUUGUAGUCAUACUGAUGAAAUGUAAACGUGUUCCGUGUGCGUAUAACUGAACAGAAAGUAUGAGUAUAACCUGUAUAGGAUAAGUUCCACCAAUCCUUUAUUUCUGUAUGCUUUCUGGUUGCCUGGGAAGAGUCCUCUGUGAAUUUAAUUGAUUUUGAGAUAUAUGAGGUAAUUCAGAACUUGCUAGCUACCUGUACUAGUCAUUUGAACAGUAUCAAAUAGUUUUGAUGAUUAUGAACUUCAAGAUCACAAAGCUUAUGUGUAGACUGAUCAUUGUAUGUGAGUUUCAGUAAGUGAGAUGUGAUAGCAACCCAGGCCUACCAAGUGGGCAUUAAUUUUAGGCAUUAUAUCUUAUAAGCAUUCAUAUAUUCAUUAUUUAUUUAUUUGCACCAUUCUGUACCUGCCUCAUGGAGUCAUUCUUGUGUAAAGAGUCAAAAGCGCACAUGCGUGUGACACACACACACACACACACACACACA